AGAGGAAGAUCUCGAAACACUGGCUGCUGCGUGUUGUCGCUGGUCAGCCAUCUUAACCAUAUUGACUCUGCUUGUAUAUAUAUUGUAAAUACAGUAUGUCUGCACUCUCGACAUCCCCGUAACAUACGGCUAGGAACGGAACCCCCGAUCUCUCACUCAGCAGCAGAAUAGCAUAGCCACCGAGGUUGCCCAAGAAAGUCGCGUGUAAUGGUAACAUAUGCUGGUAUAGCUGGUCCUAUAGCGUUCGUAGUAGCGCCUGUUAACUUGACACCGCGUGUGACGACGGUGUUUCGCAGGUCCUGUAUGGAACACCGCGCCGGAGCGCUGGCGGCAGAGGUGUACUACACCCAGGGAGCGACCGCGUUCGUCGGUCCCGGAUGCAGCGCUGCCCUGGACCACGUGGGCCGCAUGGCCGCCUUCUGGAACGUGGCCGCGUACACGGCGGGGGGCCUGGACGACACGUUCAUGCGCAAGUCCAUCUACUCGACGCUGACACGACUCAGUUUCUCGCUGGACCGCAUCGGCGCCUUCGUAAUCGCCAUCCUGCGCGAGUUCGACUGGCACCACAUCGCCCUGUUCGUGGACGAGACCAGCCUCCAGGACAUGCUCACCAUGAAGAGGUAGGUAACGUAGCCGUGGAACUUUUCUCAGUCACCUAUUCGACCCUUCUGAGUUUUUUUUUUUUUUUAGAGCGCGGCUCUGAGGUGCCAAUUCCUGCGUUGAGCGUCGGCGUGCCUCGGCGUCAUUCCUCGGCGUAACCGAGCGAACCAGCACAGCGAAAAAUGAGAGCGAACACGGAGCGGUGCGGGAGAUGAAAGGAGGGAGCGCGAGGAGGAGAGUAGAGGAGAAAGCUGCAGUGAAAACAUGAGGUGGAAAGUGUAGGAGGAGAGUAUAGAAAGAGGUGAGGCGGAAAGCAGAGUGCCGCACGACAGUUCGAGAUGGCGCCAUAGUAUUCGUAAUCUGAUUGUAUGCGCUACGCGAGUUGUGCAGUACUUUCUGGAAGCCACGCGAUUGGACGGGAAUCUUCGACGAGUCCUGUGAAAAAAGCCGACGCGCUUGACCAGCAUAUCAGAUUUUCGAUGAUCGCCGACUCUGCUCACCGCUAUCGCUGUGCUUGAGUGUUACUUGUUUCGCGACGCUUCACUCCAUUUGCAACGUGCCGCACGAGAUAUUGU